AUGGAAUCGUGCAUCAAGCCUUUCCUGGAGGGUUGCGACACGGACAAAGAUGGAACCAUCUCAAUUCAUGAAUGGGGUAAAUGCCUCGGAUUGAAGGACGAGGGAUUUGAUCCUGCUUCAAGGGCAGCUUUUCGCCUUGUGCUAUCUUCAACUGCCAUUCGACCAGAUCCGUACCUGUAA